GUCACUGGUUGAAUACUAGACUCAUAGAUUAUGUAGUAUAUUUCCUAUGUACUCAGCAAGUAAUUCAAGCUGAACCAUUAUUUUCUUUCUUCUUAGCUGAGAUUAUAGCCAUGGAGAGGGGCAAUCACACCGUAACUGAGUUCAUCCUGGUGGGCUUCACGACAGACCCUGUGAUACAGUUGAUCCUAUUUGUGGUGUUCCUCGGAGUGUACUCUGUGACUGUGGUGGGAAAUACCAUACUCAUGGCAUUGAUCUGUAAUGACUCCCGGCUCCACACACCCAUGUAUUUUUUCAUUGGUAAUCUCUCAUUCUUGGAUCUCUGGUAUUCUACUGUCUACACCCCGAAGAUCCUAGUGACCUGCAUCUCUGAGGACAAAAGCAUCUCUUUUGCUGGCUGCCUAGCUCAGUUCUUCUUCUCUGCUGGGCUGGCAUUUAGUGAGUGUUACUUGUUGGCCACCAUGGCUUAUGACCGCUAUGUGGCUAUCUCAAAACCACUGCUUUAUUCUCAGGCAAUGUCCAUAACGCUGUGCGCAUUUUUAGUAGCAGCCUCAUAUCUUGGUGGAUUUGUUAACUCUUCCAUCAUCACCAAAAGAACUUUUGCCUUGAACUUCUGUGGUGACAAUGUCAUUGAUGACUUUUUCUGUGAUUUACUUCCCCUGGUGAAGCUGGCUUGUGGCAGAAAAGAUGGCUUCCAGACUCUACUGUAUUUUCUCCUGGCCUCCAGUGUCAUCAUCCCCAUUGUGCUCAUACUUGCCUCCUACCUCUUCAUCAUUACCACCAUUCUGAGGAUCCGCUCCACCCAGGGCCGCCUCAAAGCCUUCUCUACCUGCUCCUCCCACUUGAUUUCUGUCACCUUAUACUACGGCUCCAUUCUCUACAUCUACUGUCUCUCUGAAUCUAGCUAUUCCAUGGAUAGGAACAAAAUAGUUUCUACCUUUCACACUGUGGUCUUCCCCACGUUGAAUCCUAUGAUCUACAGCCUGAGGAAUAAGGAUGUGAAAAAAGCACUGAAUAAACUCUUUAAAUAAAUCUGGAUUCUCUUUCUGAGGUGAUGCAAAGAAAAUUUUUCAUCAGGUUCUUUGUGUCUCAAGCAGAGCUGCC